AUGGCCGAGCACAUUUCCGAACUUUGCACGCUCUUGGUCGACGACCUUUACGGCGAGCUUUCUUCACGAGUAUUCUCCACCCUCGCGAAGCUCGGGCGCCUCACCAUCCGCGGGAUAGUAAAAAACUUGGACCUGACCGCCCGCGACAUAAAACAUGGGCUUGCCGUGCUCAUCCAGCAGAAUCUCGUUCUGCAUUACACCACCGAAGAGGAAAUCUACUAUCAGCCCCAUUGGGAACAGGCCUACGCGCUGGUGCGCGCGGGUAAAAUCGUAAAGAUGGUUGAGGAUAGAUUUGGGGAGUCUGCUGGAGGAUUGGUAUCGAACCUGCUGCUCCUUGGCCAUGCCAAAAUCAGCGACUUGGCCGAUGCCUAUGGAGUUUCCUCGAAGGCUGGCGGCGUCGAUUCAGAAGGCUUGCAUGUCAAUGGAAAUGGCAUUGUGAACGGAGAUGAUGCCAGUGUGGGCGCCGACAAGAACCAAAUCCACAUUAAAUCCCUCGACGAUCUCCACCGGAUUUUGCGCCAGCUUCUCGAUGCCGGUUUCGUCAUUCCAGUCCGCCGCCGGCAUUUUCAUCCUACCUCGGACCUCCGCAACGAAGCCGAACGUCUAGUCAAAGCUACUGUCUUCAAUGGAUCAGUGAAGGGCAAACAGAUUGCUGAGAUGGAAGUUGAGGUCAACAAGUUGUUGAAAAAAUGGAGGGAUGAGGAAGAGGACGAAGAGGAGCAGGCCGGCGGGAUUUCCGCUGGCAUGAAGCGUGGAAGGGAUGAUAAUAAUCCACAGGCUCGCAAGCGCGUCAAAGUGAACGCCAGGCUUCCGAACGGGUCCAACUCUGUUGCUGCUGCGAAUGCCAUUCCCUUGGAUGACGACCUUGUUGUCGCCGUUAGCCAAGAUAAGUGCACAGUCGCACUCCGAACCGAGCAACUCGUCGACUACGCCAGCCGCUAUCUCGGGGAAACCACUUCCAAGGUCUAUGAGGCUUUGCUCAGACAGAUGGAGAAAAAGGUGCACCGUUGCAAUGAUCCGUUCGACCAAGCGCCGAGCGAAGAUGACGAGGCCGACUCCCUUCCGUCCGUGACUGCUCGCGAGGUGCUAGAGCUUGUCGAUCCAAACCUCGACCUUGCUGCUGGAAUCGGAAGCCAGGAGACCCAGAUGAACGGCGAUUCCCACGAUAGUGGGGAUGAGGAAGCCGCUUCGGGCAGCCGCUUGAAUCUUGUUAAACUUCACUGCUCCCUGCUUUUUGAGGACCCGCGGCGCUUCGUGCGGUGGGUGGGUUCACGCGGUGGUGGUGAAUACAAGGUGGAUUUCCGGCCUCUGACCAAUUCGCUUAUUCAGCACGAACUGGAGGCUACUGUGCUUGCUCGUUGGGGUCCGCUCGCCGCUAGGAUCAUCCGUAUCCUUCAUGCUAAAGGAAAGCUUGACGAGAAACAGGUCUCCACCACUGGUCUCAUGCGCACCAAGGAGAUUCGGGCUGCUCUGACCGCUAUGCAAGAAGCUGGUGUUGUCGAUACACAGGAAGUGCCCAAGGACAACACGCGCGCUCCCAGCAGGACCAUGUAUUUCUGGUUCUUUGACCAGGAUCGAUGCCGACAGCUUAUUCUUACCGACACAUUCAAAGCCAUGGCGCGCAUUCUCCAGAGGAUCAGAGUAGAGCGAGCUAAAGUACAAGCACUGAGGACAUGGCGGGAAGCGGAGGAGAAACUUCUGGUGCAGUUGGGACGGCAGGACGAUCUUAUCGCCAUCUUGCGUGACUUCAGGAUGCCGCCCAUCCCGAAGUCCUCUUGGAACGACAACUAA